AGUCACAUGAGCGCGGAGCUCCGGGCUGGAAACGUCAGUCAGUGCCGUACUUGUGCCUCCUUGUGUGUGAGAAAAGUGAGAAAAAAAAAGAUCAUCAUGCAUCUUACGUGAUUAUACCUGAAGGAACUCGGGACAAAAUUUUCUGGUAGCGCGUGUCAUCAGUGAUCUGGUCUUGUGAUGCGGUAAUCCUAACGCCUCGAGUCUCAGUGACACACAUCGACUUCCUCCACCUCGAGUGACCUGGUCAGGCCGGGGCGACGAUGACCACCAGAGUGCUGACCACCUUGCUGAGGCUGGUGCUCCUGGCAGGGCUGAGGCGGUCCGGCCCGGAUCCUUAUAUCACACCGCCGUCACUCAGACCCAUCUAUGACUUCGUGGUAGUGGGCGGAGGCACCGGCGGCAGCGUGGUGGGGGCACGGCUGGCGGAGGCUGGAUGGCAGGUGCUGGUGCUGGAGGCAGGACACGCGCCGCCCCCAGAAACGACAGUGCCUGGCCUUAGUAUCGCCCUCUACUUCACUGACACGAACUGGGAGUACACCAUAAGCCCGCAGAAAUACUCCAACCGGUACUUCCUCGACAGGGGAGGCCGGAUGGUACAGGGACGUCUAGUGGGCGGGUCAUCCUCUAUGGGCGGGAUGCUGUACGCUCGGGGAAACAGGAGAGACUACGAUCUAUGGGCGGCCCUCGGCAACCCCGGCUGGGACUACGAGAGUGUGCUGCCCUACUUCAAGAAAUCCGAGGACUUCCAGGGGCCUCUGACUCCUGACGCGGAGAUGUUCCACGGCCGAGGCGGUCCUCUGGGCGUCACUCGUAGCACCAAACUCUCCCCAGUAAGCGAAGCCUUCCUCGCUGCCGGCCGUGAACUGGGCUAUACCGAGGUGGAUCCCAACACGUUCAACCAAGUGGGGUUCGCACGCUCCUCCUACACCGUGCGAAGAGGAGUCAGGUCCUCCGCAGAUGACUGGCUUCGCCCUGCACUCCUCACCCGCCCCAACCUGCACGUCCUGACGGGAGCCACGGCGCAGAAGAUCGUCCUGAGCCAGAGUAAGCGUGCCGUGGGCGUUCAGUUCGCGUACGGCGGUCAGAGGCUCCAAGUACGAGUGGCGCGUGAGGUGGUGGUGUCAGCAGGCGCCCUGGCCUCCCCCAAGCUGCUCAUGUUGUCCGGGUUGGGGCCCGCUGCUCACCUACGGAAACACGGGGUGCCGGUGGUGGUGGACCUGCCUGGCGUAGGACAAAACCUGCAGGACCACUUCAACGUGCACGGACUCACGUGGACGGUGCCUCGGGGCGCCCUCGGCAAUCCUAACAUGCUGGCUGGGGCCUUACAGUACCUUGUCUCCAUGGAAGGACCGUUCACAGAGCCGCUGGGAGACAAGACCACCGCCUGGGUGAACGUGGGGUCCGGGGAGACCGGGUGGGCAGAUUUGCAGUGCCAUGUGUUGUCUCAGACCCCAGCCUUCGAUUUCGGCCUCUUCACCACGACUCUCCUCAGCAUCAGCCGCCAGAAAUACCUCGCGUACUUCGGUCCCAUCCUCGGAUCGGAAGGCUUCACGAUCGAGUGCCAGCUGUCGAGACCCAAGAGCCGCGGGGAGGUCACUCUGCGUUCCAGUGACCCUGAUGACUACCCGAUAGUCAACCCCAACUUCCUGAGUCACCCUGAGGACGUGAAUACGAUAGUCAAAGGGAUCAAGUUUGGUCUCUCCAUCGCCAACACUUCAGCUCUGGGCGGCAGAUUCGGUGCCAAAUUCCAUAGUAAGCCGCUGCCGGGGUGUGGCGGCCACGUGUUCGGCUCCGACGACUACUGGGCCUGCUACGCACGGCACAUGGGCACCACCUACAUCCACCCCUCAGGGACCUGCAAGAUGGGGCCGCCUGAAGACCCCACCAGCGUAGUGGACGAAAACCUCAAGGUGCGAGGAGUGGCGGGCCUGCGGGUGGUGGACGCGUCAGUCAUGCCUACCAUCACCUCGGCAAACACCAUGGCGGCCGUGGUCAUGGUGGCGGAGAGGGCAGCAGAUCUCAUCACGCAGGAGUGGACUGGUUACUCACCGCGACUACACAAGUGACCUAAAUAAGUCCCAAAAGUCCCAAAUACCUGUCCGCGGCGUCUCAGGAAUGUAAGGCGGCACAAGGGGCAGUACAAGGGUGAUACGAGGGUGGUACAGUGGACCUACCCGUGUUUUGCUCCCAGAUUCUGUGGUUAGUCAUCGCCUCCUGUUUGCAGGCGUGGAUGGAGCAACAUGUCUUGGCGAGUGUGAGGGGGACAGUGGCGGCUCCUCCCUUCUCCCUUCCCUUCCCUUCCCUUUGCUCUCCUGCCGCUGCCCCGUGUGCUUCUGUGUGGUGGUGGUAGUGGUAGUGGUGGUGGUGAUGAAAACUGAUACAACAACAAGUACUACUACUACUACUACUACUACUACUACUACUACUACUACUACUACUACUACUACGGUCUUCGUAACUGUGACGUGUGAGUUAUAUAUUGAGGUCUGCCAGUCAAUACCUCACUGAAUUAGUUAUACUUGCGUGACUAAACACCAUGAUGAGAGAGGGAAAGUAACAAAUAACAAUUUAAACAUGCGCCUUUCUCCUCCUGCAUCUGGUGUGGUUUGGUUCACCUAGUCAUCAGGGAGGGUCCACGCAUCAUCUGCAUUUUGACCGUUUUAUUCUUUGUUCGUCUACGGAAGUGUUCUCGUUGUAAGAAUAUUAGUUAGCUUUAGUUUCUCGCAUCUUCAUCUCUGCCGCCGCUGCUUUCAUCUCAGGAAUGUGAGAGUACGGGUAGUGUGAAAGGAAGUGAUGCUUUUAAAAGUUCUUGUUGUACCAGUUUUUGUGAAUGAUUUAUGGGUGAAUACGAGUGCCAUACUACUGCUACUACUACUACCUCAGCUACCUAAACUGUUGCCAGCACUACUACUACUACUACUACUGUUACAUUUUCCGUUGUUUUAUGUAGCAGGAUUUUUUUUCUUCCUCGUCUUCUCAGUGUCUACUACUACUACUACUGCUACUACUACUACAGUAACACCACCAUCACUACUACUGCUGCUCCAUUUCUUGCAGUUUUUGUAUGUGGCAGGAAUUUUUUUUUCCUUUUCUUCUUUUUCUUUUCUUCCUCUGACGCAAAACCUCUCAGGAAUCCAAGGUUUCUGGUGUCUAGUGUCGCGGAACCUUGCCACAGAGACACAGCGUUCAAUCAAAAUACAGACGCGAAGCACUGCCUCAUCCAUUCAUCUGAGAUUCCAAGUCAUGUAAAGGGGAUGUUUGGGAGGCGAAUGGUGACGCGCAAGACAAGUGUAGGAAGAGAAACGGGUUGAUUGUUGUUUUUGAUCAGCUUUCAAUUAAGACAGGAGCUUAUAAAUGAAGCAAGAGAGAGAGAGAGAGAGAGAGAGAGAGAGAGAGAGAGAGAGAGAGAGAGAGAGAGAGAGAGAGAGAGAGAGAGAGAGAUCGGUUCAGGAAAUAAAAAAAAAGUGAAGUUAUUUUUUGCCGUUUCAGAAAAAGAGAGACAAAAAGUGAGCAGAAGUGGAAAUAAAAAGAAAAGAAAAGAAAAUGAUGGGCAGUGUAGUUGCUAUGCCCCGAUACUCCUUUGCUUACAAUGAGUGAAUACAUUUUUGUAAGAUGACUGUCAGUUGGUAAGAGGAGUAAAGACUGAAAGACACACGCAGAACACAGUGGGAAUAAACGGGACAGAUUCACCGUCGUCUGAUCAAGAGAGUAAACAAAUGAUGAACUUACCAAACCUUUGUAUUUUGAUAACGUUUUGUAUGUAGGAGUGAAAUAUAUUGACGUGUAUUGUA